UCGGUAGCGACCGGCUCUUCUUUGCUGCCUGAGCUGCGCCAGCACCUUCCUCGGGAGCUCGCAGCAGCCGGCUGGCCCCUGCUCCACGGCAACCAUGUGCGACCGGAAGGCGGUGAUCAAAAAUGCAGACAUGUCGGAAGAGAUGCAACAGGACUCGGUGGAGUGCGCUACUCAGGCGUUGGAGAAGUACAACAUAGAAAAGGAUAUUGUGGCCCAUAUCAAGAAGGAAUUUGACAAGAAGUACAACCCCACCUGGCACUGCAUUGUGGGGCGGAACUUCGGUAGUUAUGUGACACAUGAAACCAAACACUUCAUCUACUUCUACCUGGGUCAGGUGGCCAUUCUUCUGUUCAAAUCUGGUUAAAAGCAUGGACUGUGCCAAAUACCCAGUGAUCCAUCCAAAAACAAGGACUGCAUCCUAAAUUCCAAAUACCAGAGACUGACUCUUUAGCUUUGCUAAGGGAACACCUCGUUUGAAUCUGUUGUGUUUUGUGCGGAGCAUCAUCCUCUGUACGAGUUUGUGGUUACAAAAUAAUUAGUAAAACA